UUUGCCGGUGCCGCUCUGCUGUAAACAAAAAGUGUCUGAGAGAGACAGAGACGCUUCAGUGAAUUUCAGGACAUUUUUAUUUCUUUAAUUUACAAUGUCUCUGGGAAUGUCUUACAAACCCAACCUCCACCAGCACAUUCCGGGAACUUCCGUGAACCAGGUUGGAAACGUUCAUUCUCCCUCAACAAGCUUAGCAACAUUACAGUCUUACCGGCCGAUCUUGAACGACUAUGGACCACCUUCAUUGGGCUUUUCACAGGGUACUAGUGCAAACCAGGUGCCUCAGAGUAAAUAUGCAGAACUCCUAGCCAUCAUUGAAGAGCUGGGGAAAGAGAUUAGACCAACAUACGCUGGGAGCAAAAGUGCCAUGGAAAGACUAAAACGAGGCAUAAUUCAUGCAAGAGGUCUGGUACGGGAAUGCUUGGCAGAAACCGAGAGAAAUGCGAGGUCUUAAUUACCGAGGCUAUCCUGUCAACACACUCUAACCUGAAGAACCUUUGGACUUCCUCCCUUCUAACCAUUAUUUUAUCACAACCCAAUACAUCUUUCCAGAAGAAAAGGUUUUAAAAAGAAUAUAUAUACACAUCUGGCUGGGGGAAUGCUGAAAAAAAAACUAUAGACCAGUAUAUGAGCUAUACUUGACAGGAAACUCCUGGUUUUAUUUGUGUUCCCAUUUGGGAAUGUCAAUUUCUUGACUGCUUAUACAAAUAAAAAAGGAAAAAAAAACUUUGCAUGCUACGUAGCAAUGCCCUUGAUUAAUUAUAGAAACUGCAUGACUUGUACAGGGUAAGACUAGCAAGGGGCAUUUAAUGAUGGAUUAGGAUCUUUGUAACACACUAACACAU